GAUGGGCUUCGGCAAAUUUGUUAGCCCAAUUUGAAAAUCAGGCAGGCUUGGACCCAAUUUAAUGCCAGCGGCCCAGCAUAGAGAAGCAGACGCGGCUAGAUAUCUAUCCAUUCCUACAGUUCACUGGAUUCUUACCAUUCUUCCACAGCAACCACACAAUGAAUCUCCAAGCCUUCUUCCUCCUCGUACCAGCCGUCAUUGCCCCUUAUGUGAUCCUCUUAUUCAUCAAACAGAGAAAGAGGAAGCUCCCUCCUGGACCUUACAGGCUACCCAUUAUAGGAAACCUGCACCAGCUAACUGACUUCAAUCAUCGAUCCCUUAAACUCCUCUCCAAUAAACAUGGACCACUCAUGUUCUUGCAACUGGGUUCAGUUCCUGCUAUUGUCAUCUCCUCAGCCAAUACAGAAAAAGAGAUCUUCAAAACCCAUGACCUUAUAUUCUCCGGCAGACCAAUUUUUUAUACUGUGAAGAAGCUUACUUAUAACUGCUCUAAUGUGAGUUUUUGUCCAUAUGGUGAUUACUGGAAGGAGGUCAAGAAGAUUGUCACUACAGAACUGCUCAGUGCGAGUAAGGUCCAAUCGUUCAGGGCAGUGAGGGAGGAAGAAAUUGAACUCAUGGUGGGUUCAAUUGAGAGAUCUUCAGGUCCUGUGAAUCUCAGUGAAUUGACACAUUGUUUGACGAAUAGCAUCGUGUGCCGUGUCGCGUUUGGUAAGAAAUUUGAGAGAAAUGGAGGUGAUGGAUCAAGCAGAUCGUUCCAUAGAUUGCGUCAAGAAAUACAGAAGGUGGUUGUGGGAGUUUGUGUGUCAGAUUUUUUUCCAUGGAUGGAGUGGCUUAACAAACUCAGCGGCUUUGAAGCAAGGAUACAAAGACAUUUUGCAGAGCUGGACAAGGUGUAUGAUCAAAUAGUAGAAGAACAUCUUGAUCCCAAAAGGCCUAAAUCUGAUCGUGGUGAUCUCGUAGAUGUUCUGCUUCGAUUUCAGAAUGAUCCGGCUCGAUCCAUUGCCUUUACUAACAAUCAAAUCAAGCAACUUUUACAGGAUAUGCUUGCGGCGGGGACGGAUUCAUCUGAGGCGACGCUGACAUGUACAAUGACAGAGUUGAUGAGGAAUCCAUCAGUGAUGAAAAGAGCUCAAGAUGAGGUAAGAAGAGUAGUGAAGGGAAAGAAGAAGGUGGAAGAGAAAGAUCUUUCGCAACUAAUGUACCUGAAGGCAGUGUUGAAGGAGUCCUUCAGAGUCCAUCCGCCAGCACCACUGCUAGUGCCAAGAGAGACAUUAGAGAGUUGCAGAAUUGGAGACUAUGAAAUUCCUGCAAAUGCAAGGGUGUUCAUAAAUGCCAUGGCAAUAGCCAUGGAUCCCAAAUUGUGGGAAAACCCAAAUGAAUUUCGACCCGAAAGAUUCCUGGAUAGCUCGAUUGAUUUCAGAGGACAACAUUUUGAGUUGAUUCCGUUUGGGGUUGGUCGAAGGAUUUGUCCUGGAAUGAACUUUGCAGUCCAGCUGAUUGAACUCGCACUAGCAAAUCUCUUGUAUCGAUUUGACUGGUUCUUUCCUCAGAACAUGACAACAGAGGAUUUGGAUUUGGAUUUGGAAGAAGCACCUGGUAUUACAAUGCACAAGAAAAUUCCUCUCCAUCUAAUGGCUACCUCUGCGAUAUUGUAAAGAUACUUUCUCAAGCAUUCUCCAAGAAAAUAAUAUGGUGCUUGAGUUAGCUGCGUGGUUUAUAAGGAAAGUCUCAUUUCUUCUCAUAAAUGACGCAUUGUU